AUGGAGGAAAAUCUACCUCCAGGUUUCAGGUUCCAUCCUACAGAUGAAGAGCUUAUCACAUAUUAUCUUUCAAGGAAAGUGUCUGAUACUGACUUCAUAUCCAAAGCUAUAGCAGUUGUUGAUCUCAACAAGUCUGAACCUUGGGACCUCCCAGGUAAAGCCUCGAUGGGGGAGAAGGAAUGGUAUUUCUUCAACUUGAGAGACCGCAAGUAUCCAACUGGACUUCGAACAAACCGAGCCACCGAAUCAGGGUACUGGAAAACCACAGGGAAAGACAAGGAAAUUUUUCGUGCUGGGGUUUUGGUAGGAAUGAAGAAAACCCUAGUCUUCUAUAAGGGUAGAGCUCCACGUGGUGAGAAAAGCAAUUGGGUCAUGCACGAGUAUAGACUAGAAAACAAGCAUCACUUUAGAUCUUCAAAGGACGAAUGGGUGGUUUGUAGGGUUUUUCAAAAGAGCUUAGCAGCAAAAAAACCACAACAAACAUCAUCCUCCCAACCAGAGUCCCCAUGUGACACAACCUCAAUGGUCAAUGAAUUUGGUGAUGUUGAGCUGCCAAAUCUAAACAACAUUGCAAAUUCAUCAUGUGGACUAACUAACAUUUCAGGACAAACUUACAAUAAUGUUAACACAAAUAUGAACUUGGCAAUGAAUUGGCCAGUUGCAAGUGAGGUUCCUUCUCUUCCAUCUCUCCCAUGGCCUUCUGGGUUGUUGAAUCCAAAUAUUUCUGUGAAUUCUUUGCUUCUCAAGGCAUUACAACUUAGGAGUUACCAACAAAGAGAAGCUGCAGCUACAGAUCAUUUAGCAUCAUUUAUGCCUCAAGGAGUAGUUUCCCACGUUGGAAAUGAUCACCUAAGUUCAAAUCUCAGUGCUGAUUCUUCAAAAGUUUUAGAAUGUAUGCCACAACAACAGCAACAGGAGCAACCAUUCAAUUUGGACUCCAUUUGGUGA